GAAGGCUGGAAAACACGAGAGAGAGAGAGAGAGAGAGAAACAUUUGCUCGAGCUGAUCCCGCCAUAGUUUUUCCCACUCCGCCACUAUACACCCAUCACCAAAUCCACCCAGUACACCCCACCUCCUCCACUGCGUGAUAGAGAGGCUAUAGGCUGCUGCUUUAUUCGUUUACUGGGGCCGGCUGCAAGUCUUCUCCUGCUCCACUUAUUCAACUGGAUUUACAGCUAAAUCAAACGCUCUCAUCUGUUUUUACACUUUUCGAAUCUUUUUUAAUUUUUUAUUUUUUUUUGCUGCGGAGAAUUAGCCUAUAACUUGUUUCGAUUUGUAUUCUUUUUAGAUCUGCGUUUUCGGUUUGGAUAGCAUACUCUUGCCUUCUACUGUGAUUUUUAGUGUGGCAAGUGUGGCAAUAUCUUGUUGCGCUAAAAGCAAAUUUAGCAGAGAAACUUUUUUUUUUGCUGGCUUCAAUUUGAGUUAUUCCGGGCUUUGUUUUUUUUCGUUUUUGGACUUGGAAAAACACUUUCCACCAUGCACAAGCUAUACAUUGGGAAUCUAAGCGACAGCGUGACUGCCGAGGACCUAGGAAAAACCUUUGACGACCACAAGAUCCCAUACUCCGGACAGUUUCUAAUGAAAACCGGCUAUGCGUUUGUGGAUUGUCCGGACGAUCAGUGGGCCAUAAAGGCUAUCGAGACGUUUUCUGGUAAAGUGGAACUUCAAGGGAAACGUAUUGAGGUCGAGCACUCCGUCCCCAAGAAGCAAAGGACCAGGAAAUUGCAGAUCAGAAACAUUCCACCUCACCUGCAGUGGGAGGUGCUGGAUGGUCUGUUGGCCCAGUGUGGAACCGUAGAGAACUGUGAACAAGUGAACACAGACAGUGAAACUGCAGUGGUUAACGUCACGUAUGCAUCCCGGGAGCACGCCAGGCAAGCCAUCCAGAAGCUGAAUGGAUACCAGUUUGAGAACAACGCCCUGCGCGUCUCCUACAUCCCCGACGAGCACUCCGAGAUGGAGGGAGGCCAGCGGGGGCCUGAUAACGGCCGGCGUGGCUACGGGCCCCGAGGCGGGCCUCGCGGGGGCUCCCCGAGCUCUGGGAUGCCCUCCAAACCUCCACACGCCGACAUCCCUCUGAGACUGCUGGUAUCCACACAGUACGUCGGAGCCAUCAUUGGCAAGGAGGGAGCCACCAUUCGCAACAUCACCAAGCAGACGCAGAGCAAGAUUGACGUGCACCGCAAGGAGAACGCAGGAGCUGCCGAGAAGCCGAUCAGCAUCCACUCAACCCCCGAGGGCUGCUCAGCCGCCUGCCGCAUGAUCCUGGACAUCAUGCACCAGGAGGCUAAAGACACCAAGACUGCCGACGAGGUUCCUCUCAAGAUUCUGGCUCACAACAACUUUGUCGGACGCCUGAUCGGGAAGGAGGGACGCAACUUGAAAAAAGUUGAACAGGACACAGACACCAAGAUCACCAUCUCCCCUCUUCAGGACCUGACGCUGUACAAUCCAGAGAGAACCAUCACAGUCAAAGGCUCCAUCGAAGCCUGCUGCCACGCCGAGGUGGAGGUGAUGAAGAAGGUCCGAGAGGCCUACGAGAACGACAUCGCUGCCAUGAAUCAACAGACCCACCUGAUCCCAGGGCUCAACCUCGGUGCGCUGGGCCUCUUCCCCUCCUCUUCCAAUAUGCCCCCACCCCCUCCUGGAAACGCGUCCGGGAGUGCCCCCUACGGUUGCUUCGGGGCUCCAGAGCAGGAGACGGUCCAUGUGUACAUCCCAGCACAGGCAGUGGGAGCCAUCAUUGGAAAGAAAGGACAGCACAUCAAACAGCUGAGCCGCUUCGCUGGGGCCUCCAUCAAGAUCGCCCCGGCUGAAUCUCCAGACUCCAAAAUGAGGAUGGUGAUAGUGACCGGCCCCCCCGAAGCUCAGUUUAAGGCUCAGGGCCGAAUCUAUGGCAAACUGAAGGAGGAGAACUUCUUCGGGCCCAAGGAGGAGGUCAAACUGGAGACUCACAUCAAGAUGGCCGCUGCUGCUGCAGGCAGGGUCAUUGGCAAGGGAGGCAAGACGGUGAACGAGCUGCAGAACCUGACGGCGGCCGAGGUGGUGGUCCCCAGGGAACAGACCCCGGAUGAAAACGACCAGGUCAUCGUCAAGAUCAACGGACACUUCUACGCCAGCCAGUUGGCUCAGAGGAAGAUCCGGGACAUCCUGACCCAGGUCAAACAGCCACAGAAAGGCGGCAUGGGCCCGGGCCCUAACCCUAACCCCCAGGGCUUUACAGAGAUGGGCAGCCCCACGCAGGGACUGAGUCAGGAGCACCAGCCGCGCAGGAAGUGAGGGCCCCGCACCUUUCUCACAUGCCAUGGGGGCCCCUGCCUGACGGACAGACAGACGGACAGACUCAAGCACGGACGGAUAGACAGACGGAUACAGGAGAGCGACACACGGACCCAGCGAUAGACAGGGAGAGAUAUAAAGAGGGAGGGAGUACGCCCGACAGCCAGAGAGAAAGAUCGGCGUUAAAAAGAGAGGAAGAGAGAAGAUGAAUAAAAUCAAAAGAUGAAAUGAAUUACAAAAAAAAAAAAACGGGAUUAAGAUGAAACGUAACUUGAGAACAGAAACCAGAUGCCAGGCCAGAAGAGAGACUGAGUGAUGAUGGAGGGAUGAAGGAAAGGAGGGAUGGAGAGAGGGAGGAGCGGUGUCCUCCUGGUGUGCCUGGGCAGGGCUGCAUCAGACAGGUGGAAACAACACCAUGGCUCCCACCUGAGACACACUAGCAGGGCCCCGUUAGUCCCUCUGCCGGCCCUUACAGACCUCUCCCACCAUCUGCAGUCAGUCCUGUAUUUUAAGGGUGUUUUGUUUUUUUAAAACAUAGAGAUAUAUGUAUAGAAAUGUUUUAUUCAGAGCUAUUAUAGAUAGAAUGCAGUGAGGCAGAGCCGGGAGAGAGAGCAGGGAAACUGCUGCAGCGGCACAGGGGGGGAUAGGUCACGGGUCUGGCAUUAGCCCCACCCACCUCUAACCUCCGAGCCAAUGAAAGUCUAGAAGAGGGGCCGCAGAUGUUAACACUGCUCUUAUAAAGACCUCUCCGAAUAGCGGAGAGUUUAGGAGGGAAAAAAAGGAGAAAAUAGGAGGUUGUAAAUAUAUAAUCUUCAUGUAAAUGUUAAGAAAUGCUGUGUCUGGCCGCCUUGCCUUGAAAAAAAAAAAAGGGCACUUCUGUCUAUUUCCCAGUCUCCAGUCUAUGAUAUGUAGCAUAAAGGUAGCCUACAACGCGGCCGGAGGCUGGGGAGGCACUGGGGCCCUUUCCACGUUUAGCCGUGUGGCGGAAGGCGCAGCAAGAGACAGAAAGGGGAUCGGCAGUCGCAGCUGGCCCUGCAGUUCUAUUGCAGCGGCUCAGCUCACACAUGUGAAACCAUUGUAAAACACCUUUGUAAAAUAACAAAAAAAAACAACAGCCAGCAGCUAUGCUAGCUGGCUAGCGGCCCACCCCUUAAACGGCAUAUUUUAUAUAUAUUAUAUAUAUAUGAUAUGUGAGUUAGCCCGGCCCCUCCAGUUAAUGGAUUGAAGGCAGCGAGUCAGGUGUGAGGUUUCUGCUACACCUGUAUGAAGAAGAUCCGCAAUGACAGACAGACAAAGGAGUGUCUGAGACUUUCUGCUCAUUGGCUUCUUUCAGCGCUGAUACACUCGAGGCCAGUCUUGGACAGCAGUGGCUUUCUCCUCAGAGGAGCUGGGGUCCUUAAGACCAUCCCUGCAUUGACGCUGUCUUUUGGACAAACUCGUGCUCGUAUGAAUAUGAAAGACUGGCCUUGGGCCGAGCGUGGGAACCUAAAACAAAAAGCUAAGUCUUCCACAAAGCUCCUUGCCUUGAGCCCAGAGAAGGUAAAAUCAGACCGAAGGGGAGCGGCUUCCUCGUCCUCUCUCCCGAUCUGCCGAAGGCCUGUGGGCGGAGCCUCCAGACCCCGCCCGCGUAUGAUAAUGAGGGGCGGGGUCGCAGUGUGGACGCUCUCGCCAAGAUUAGAACAGAUUAGAGAAGAAAUGAAAACGAAAAAAAACCUACCUCAGGGUAAAGUUACCUCAGUAUUCCUAACUUUUUUUGUUUGCUUGCUGGUGUUUUUAUAUAAGAAGAAGAAGAAAAAAAGAAAGAGCUGAUAGUCCUGAAUAUUUUUUAUUUUUUUAAAGAAAAAAGUAUUUUUUUUUUAGGUAUUGUCUUGUUGCUUUGGUUAUUUUUUUCUGUUUUUUUGUGUGGGUUUGUGUGUGUGGGUGUGUGUGAGUGUGUGUGUGUGUGUGUGUGUGUGUGUGUGUGUGUGUGUGUGUGAGUGAGUGUGAUGGUUGAAUAAGCUCAGGAUGACGACGAGGCUGUGUGUUUUUCCAAAGCAGAGAGAGAUAAGCUGCUGCUCUAGAGAGGAAAUGGGUCCAGUGCCAUUUAGCCUUUUUCAAGGUGAGGAAACAAGCUCUCUGUCUUCCUGACGUGUGAUUGGAGCUGCCGUUGUCUGAAAUAUUGGCCAAUGGGGAGUGGUGUUAACUCGAGAGGGCGGUCCUAGGGUGCACACGGUGGCCAACGCGCCCCCGGGUGCUCUUUGUUACUGAGCCCAUGUCAUCAGAGACAUACCCGUAUUGUGUGACCGCGAUUGGCCACUCCCCGGGGUUCCCGGCCCGCCCUGUGCCCCGAAGGACCUCCCACUCCUGCCUUAUUGUGAUGACAUCAUCACCAAGCGCCAAACAUGAGAGGGCUUUAGGUGUUCAAGGGGUCAAGUUUCCCACAAAAAACAAAAAGACGUGCAAGAGUCAACUUUUAAGGCCAAAUUCUUUACCUUUCUCACUUGGUUUGGAACAUGUCAGAUCAGAGUAUUAGUGGUCCAUCUACAGUGUAAUUGUACAUCUAUCUCACAAACACACACAAACACACACACACACAAAACCUGAACUAGCUCUGACUUCUCUGAAUGUGAAUAUUUAUUACCUGUGCACUGACCAUGACACCUCAAAUGCUCCCUGUUGGCUACGUGUGUGUGUGUGCGUGCGUGCGUGUGCGCGCUUGUGUGCGUGUGUGUGUGUGUGUGUGUGUGUGUGUGUGUGUGCAUUCACUGGUUUUAAAUGUUCAUUUCUGUCAGGGGAUGUGGUUGGGUGAAACUUAAAGAAAAAAAAACAGAAAAAAGUAGGAAGAGAACCUAUGGCCUUCUGUCUGUGUUCCAACGGACCGAGGAGAGAGAUUCAAGAACCUUUGAAAAAAUGGGAGCAGAAAAAGGAGAGCGAGAGAGUUCAAAACAACAUUAACACAGCUGAGUAGUCGAUUUAAACCUGUACAUAAGAUGUUUAAAAAAAAUGGUGAUCACAAUACUUUUGUAUUUUUGGAGAAAAAUAAUCAGAAUGGGGAGAGAGAGAGAGAGAGAGGAAAGAUCGCACCAAGUCACUGAAGGACACUGCCAGAGAACUCAAUCUUUUAAAGGUCUCACCCGAUUCGGCGACACACACCGCCAAUCUCCAUCGGCUCCCCCGCCAGCUCACCAUCAAACAGGGAAAAAGUCUAUUCUACCGUGUCUAUGCUUCCAUUUUUCUUUUUGUCCAGAGGCGGUAAACGUCACAGUUCAACACGCUUCUUGUCCUGUGUCGCGUUUCCGCCUCCUUCCCGAACCAUAGAGCUCUGUCCACAACCACCAAGACGCGCUAUUUAGGAUUCAUUAUUCAGCCUUCAGCCAUUCAGAUCGGUUAGGAUUCCUUUUCUUUUUCUUUGUUUUGUUUAGUUUUGACAAAUAACAGCAAGCUUUAUUUGGACGUGACAUCUGGGGACGUACUGUUGCACUAAUUGAUGACAAAAAUGUUGACAAACUAUGAAAAAACGACUAAGAAACCUCCCGUAACACCUGAUGCAGUUCUUUAAAGGAGAAGGUGGCGAGUGAAGGAAGGAGGAGGGAGGGAUGGAGGAGGGAGGAGGGAGGUGGUCAGAUGUAUUCCACCAUCUCUCUACCCCCCCUCCCCCCCCCCCCACUUCUCCUCCUCCCUUCAAUUGAUUGAAUGCUUUCUCCCUCUGUUGCCCUUCUGUACUCCGGGAGAAGAGUGAGAUGUUUUAUUUCUUUUGUUUGGAAAAAAAAAAAAAAAAAAGCAGAAUCUUUCAUUUUUGGAGCGGCGGGAACGUCAGGGUCCCUCGCCCUCUCUUGCGCUGGUCUCCAUCGUGUUCUUUUUGCUCACUUCUGUUCAAGACCUUUUUGAUUUUUUUUUUCUUCGUUUAACCACCUUCUAUAUAUAUAUAUCUAUAUAUAUAUAUAUAUAUAUAUAUAUAUUUCUUUUUUUGUUGUUCUGACUCUUAUUUUUUGGAGCAAUGACCCUUGUUGAUCAUUUCUUCUUUUUUGUUUUGUUUUUAAAUUCACAAAUCUAACAAAGCAGCUAUUAAUAUGAUAACCGACUAACAUGUAGCUCAGUACGUUACAGUGACUGUGCCAAACCCAUGGGAGGGGGGGGGGGCAGAAUGCAGUAUAGAGCCAUAUUUGAGCAAACGACCUGACACCCACACACACACACACACACACACACACACACACACACACACACACCACACACACCCCCACCAUGGCUCACACACAUCAGCCUGCAUCAUUCCACCUUUCAGAUGUUGCAUCUGGUUUUUCCUCUCUGCUGCGAGAGUCAUCUGGAUCAUUUCUGCGCCCUCGAAAGUGAACCCUCAUCAAGCUUAUCCCAGGACUGUUUAAAGGACCCCCCCCCCGUGCAUGUGUUGUCCCCUUUACUACACAUUGCUAAGUGAUAUUACUGUUGACCAAUUUCUAAAAUAUAAAUUUAUAGCCAAACCUAACCGCAUAUUUAGAUUUGUAAAUCAAUUUCACUACAAUAUGAAAACCAACAUGGCCGAAUUAACUUGUAACGGGGUCCUGGGCAUAACUCCCCCGCAGGGCACCCCCCACCCCAGAAACCUGCCUUGACAUUAUACUUUGGUGAUGACCUAACACAUUAAGGUACCAUGUGGAUAAGAAAUCAUUCAAAUUCAGUGUUUCUCACCAAAAAGCAUUCGUUUCACAUCUGCCUUCCAACGCUCUGUAGAGUUGAGGGGGAACUAUGGGUGACCCCCCCCCCCCUCACCUUACGUGCUCAUUGUUGGUAACGUAGGCAUAAUUUACCACCCCCAAUAAUCAAAACUGGCAACCCAGCCCAAAGAACUAUUUCCUGGGCGUGACUUGAUGGAGGAAUAGCCACAAAUUGUUAGAAAAUUCCCCAGAAUGCUGGAAAUGAAGUGUUCCAAAUUUCAAUUUUUGAACCCAAAGUCAGGCCCUUCGUUGGUAAUACAACAAAUAUCAAUUAAAGCAGAUUUAAAGUUAUAGUUCUGUCGCCCUUAUGAGGAAUUCAAAGUAAUGACAACUGUCGACGCGUCCACGUGAUACAAGCCUUCCGUGAUCGCGCACAGCCAUUUUACCUGCAGCCUGACUGGCAUAGUGCAGUGAAAGGCAUGGAAACGUAACGCAAAACCCGUCAAUCUAAAAGACUACGGCACGCUUUAGAAACCGGUCAUCAGUAAUGUUGAGUGUCUCUGGGGUCGUCCUUUAUUUCAAGACGGGAGAGCUGGCUGUGGGGAAACGGCCUUGCCCGGCUUCUUGUUUGUGGCGGCAGACUGACCGACAGAUUUUGCGACACAGCAGUGCAAACUCCUUGUCGUGUAAAAUCAGACCCCCCCCCCCCCACACGCCCCAAGCUCGCCACCCCUCGGUCGAGACGCGCGCCGAGCGUCGACAAAUUUGCAACAAAAGCGGAGAGCGGGUAGAGGGACACGCUACUGAGACGAAACAAACCAACCUCUUGACACAUAACUAGGAACGCUACCUCACAAAUAACAUAAGCAAACUCAGCAAGAAGAUUGUUUCUUUCCUUUUUUUCUUUUUCGCAAACAGACAAGAGCAAACAGUCGGACAGACAUGCAGACAGAAAGGACAGACGGCCUUUUUGUUCUAUAGUCACAAUUUGUUUAUUCUUCACUCGUUGACUUUAAUUUAUUUUUAUUUUUUAUUUUUUUGAAACUGUCCCUCUCCAGCUUAACGGUGGGACUGUAAAGAUAAAUGACUAAAUAAGAAGAAAAAAAAAAACACAAUACCGACACAUUGUUGGGUGGUGUGCCGGGGGCAGCUAGGACGAGUAAUCUGAUUGGUCCACGUGUGGCCCAAUCACAACCAGGUGUUAACUUUCUGCUUCCUGGAACAGUUUCUAUUUUUUACACCGUCACUGUUUGAAGCUGAUUGGCCCAGUCACAAUACUCUGAAUCAGGACCAAUCACCGCCUGCCUUCCGACCGCUGGCCUUACCCACAAUCCUCUGCUGCCCCGCCUCCACCUCCCUGUGAUUUCACCUCCUGAAUCAAGGGGCACGACACCUGUCACCAUGUAAUUGUUUUUUUGAUCUACCUCUUGGGGGAAAAAAUAGGUAAAUGGUAUUUUUUUUAUUUCUUUUUUUUUUUUGUUUUUUAAAAGGACACAAACACACAAAAAAAUUUUUUUUUGCUUGAAAGAAAUAUAGUUAAAUGAAUAUCUGGGUAGCGGCAUCUCCAUAUACUGUAGUGGAUAGUCUAUUAAAGGAAAAAAAAAAAAAAGUUGACUUCUUCCAAAGAUGAUUUUCUUUUCUUUCUCUUAGUUGUUGUUUUUUUCCAAAAAGGAUUAUGAAAUGGAAUAGUAAUCUGAAAGGGCGGAGACAGCAAAUUGCCACCUUGUUUUUUAAAAUUUCUUCUUUACAAAAAAAAAAAAAAACCAACAUCAAUGAGAUUUCUCUUUACCCAAUUUGCAUUAUCUUUUGUUCAUUUUCUGUUCAACUUACACUUUGUUAACUUCAAAAAUAUUCUUGUUUUAUUUUGGUUGACUUCUAAUGUUUUUUCUUUUCUUUUUUUUGAUGACAGCAGAUUGUAUCUCUUGUGUUUGGGUGCAUUUAGUAUUUUCUUUCUCUCUGUGAAAAGCCUACAUGAGUUAGAGCGCCCUGCGAGGACCUUCCACACUGAUCAGUGAUCUAUUUUCCCUUCUAACGAGUCGUUUGGAAAUCAAAAGGACCUGUUUGUUUUAGCUGACUGCGCAGCUGCCGGUGGAAGGAGAGAGGAGUCCCCCUCAUGCUGGACUAGACCAAUCUUGUAGGGGGGGGGGGGUUCAUCACGAUGCGAUACAUCGACGCGAGAUUUACCGAUAUCUUAAAGGAACACGCCGACAGCACGUGUACAGUCCCAGCGUGUGCAAUAAGGUCAGAAGUGGGCGGUGUCUCAUGUGACCUUGCGUUAUUUUGUCCAUUAUUGGGAGCAGUAGGCUGGUUGGAGCGGUUAUCUCCAGGCUAGGCUGGCAGGGGGGUGGGGGGGUGAUGUACAGUAUGUAUUCUCUCUGGGGGAUACGGUGCGCUAUAGUCUCAAUAAGACGGCGUGUUCCUUUAAAGUCUGUUGAACAUGAUUCUGAUUGAUGAUCCAGUUCAGGGUUCUGCGACCGAUACAAGACCAUAUCUUUAAUGUCUGGGAUCCGGCAUCCAGAACCGGUUCCUGAUUGGAAAUUACAUUACUUUUCCCCCCUCUCAUUUCUUUUAUUGUAAUUGUAUGGAACAUUGGUUUUGAAUCCAAUCACCGGUUCCAAAAUUAACACGCGCAAGUUUUGGUUGCCAUAGCUGCCGCCGUAUUUCCCACGCCAUGCAGUACUCUAAAGAAACAUAAAACGUGAAUCUAUAAAAAAAACUAAGGGAAAUCUUACAGACAAUGUGUAUCGAGAUUUUCCCUCUGCACAGAUAAGAUUGGAUCGUGGAUCAGUGAACCGAUACCCUUACACCCCUACUAAUCUGAUCCGGGCUCAGCCUCCAAAUUGCGUGUACUUUGAUGUUGCAGUCAUGGCAACGAGUGUGAGACGGGCCGAGUCUUCCUCCUUCCAGCGGUUGGCGCCUUUUGGCCUUUACAGUAUAUGGACUUUCACCCUCUGCCUGCCUGAUUCCUUUAGUCCUCAUCAACACUUGUUUUAAACUCCUUGUAAACAAAACAGAGCAUAGAUAUGAAUGUGUUAUUAAAGAUGAGAAAACGGA